UUUUAACGAUGGCGGAAUGACUGCCGCUAUCGUAACGUUUUAACUAAAAAAGUGAAUUUUGGAGUUUGUUUUAUAUUUAUUCAAUAAGCCAAGAUGUAUAAUGUACCAGAUGACGAACAAUACGAAGACGAGGAUGCGGAAGAAAUUUCAUCAAAGCUCUGGCAGGAAGCCUGCUGGAUCGUCAUUAACGCAUACUUUGACGAAAAGGGUCUUGUACGACAACAACUCGACAGUUUCGAUGAAUUCAUCGAAAUGUCUGUUCAACGCAUUGUCGAGGACUCGCCUCAAAUCGACUUGCAAGCUGAAGCACAACACACGACAGGAAAAAUCGAAAACCCUGUUAGACAUUUGCUUAAAUUUGAGCAAAUUUACUUGUCCAAACCCACUCAUUGGGAAAAAGAUGGUGCUCCAUCGCCUAUGAUGCCUAACGAGGCUAGGCUUAGAAAUCUAACUUAUUCUGCUCCUUUGUAUGUUGAUAUUACGAAAACUAUUGUCAAAGAUGAAGAAGAUCAAGUUGAAACGCAACAUCAAAAAACAUUUAUUGGAAAAAUUCCAAUCAUGUUGAGAUCAAAGUAUUGUUUGCUCGCUGGAUUGUCAGAUCGUGAUUUAACUGAAUUGAACGAAUGUCCUCUGGAUCCUGGAGGGUAUUUUAUAAUCAACGGGUCAGAGAAGGUUCUGAUUGCCCAGGAGAAAAUGGCCACCAACACAGUUUAUGUCUUCAGUAUGAAAGAUGGAAAGUACGCCUACAAAGCUGAAAUUCGUUCCUGCCUAGAACACAGUUCUCGACCAACAUCGACUCUCUGGAUCAAUAUGAUGGCCAAAAGCGGUGCUAGUAUCAAAAAGUCAGCGAUUGGACAGCGGAUAAUAGCAAUUCUACCUUACAUCAAACAGGAGAUUCCCAUCAUGAUAGUAUUUCGUGCCCUCGGUUUCGUCGCCGAUCGGGACAUUCUUGAACACAUCAUCUACGACUUCGACGAUCCCGAGAUGAUGGAAAUGGUGAAACCCUCCCUCGACGAAGCCUUCGUAAUCCAAGAACAGAAUGUAGCUCUCAAUUUUAUCGGUACUCGUGGUGCUCGUCCCGGCGUGACAAAAGAUAAGCGUGUGAAAUACGCGAGGGAAAUUCUGCAGAAAGAAAUGUUACCUCACGUAGGAAUCAGUGACUUCUGCGAGACUAAAAAAGCUUACUUUCUGGGUUAUAUGGUUCACAGACUGCUAUCAGCUUCCCUCGGUAGAAGAGAACUCGACGAUCGAGAUCACUACGGCAACAAGCGUCUCGAUCUCGCUGGACCUUUACUAGCAUUCCUAUUCAGAGGAUUGUUCAAGAAUCUAAUGAAGGAGGUGAGACUCUACGCGCAGAAGUUUAUCGACAGAGGAAAAGACUUCAACUUGGAACUCGCUAUCAAAACGAAGAUUAUCACAGACGGUUUGAGAUACUCAUUAGCUACCGGGAACUGGGGAGAUCAGAAAAAAGCUCACCAGGCGAGGGCUGGCGUCUCUCAGGUGUUGAAUAGACUGACUUUUGCCUCGACAUUGUCCCAUUUGCGAAGAGUCAACUCGCCAAUUGGAAGAGAUGGUAAAUUAGCAAAACCGCGUCAACUGCACAACACUCUCUGGGGAAUGUUGUGUCCUGCCGAAACUCCGGAAGGAGCUGCCGUAGGACUUGUCAAGAAUUUAGCAUUGAUGGCUUACAUCAGCGUCGGCUCUCAGCCAUCUCCGAUUCUUGAGUUCUUGGAGGAGUGGUCCAUGGAGAACUUGGAGGAAAUCGCACCCAGUGCCAUCGCGGAUGCCACGAAGAUAUUCGUCAAUGGAUGCUGGGUUGGAAUUCACAGAGAUCCUGAUCAAUUGAUGGCUACUCUUAGAAAAUUGAGAAGACAGAUGGAUAUCAUCGUUUCGGAAGUGUCAAUGAUUAGAGACAUCAGAGACAGGGAGAUCAGAAUUUACACGGAUGCUGGACGAAUUAGUAGACCUCUCUUGAUCGUCGAGAAUCAGAGUUUGUUGCUCAAAAAGAGACACAUUGACAUGCUGAAAGAAAGAGACUACAACAAUGAUGGUUGGCAAGAAUUGGUCGGCAGUGGAGUGGUCGAAUAUAUCGACACUCUCGAGGAAGAAACUGUCAUGAUUGCCAUGUCUCCCGAUGAUUUGAGACAGGAAAAAGAGUACGCCUAUUGUACGACAUACACUCAUUGCGAAAUCCAUCCAGCGAUGAUUCUUGGAGUGUGUGCUUCUAUUAUUCCAUUCCCUGAUCACAACCAGAGUCCCAGAAACACUUAUCAAAGUGCUAUGGGUAAGCAGGCUAUGGGUGUUUAUAUUACGAAUUUCCAUGUGCGGAUGGACACCCUCGCUCACGUUUUGUUUUAUCCACAUAAGCCUCUGGUGACAACCAGGUCCAUGGAGUAUCUCCGGUUCAGAGAACUUCCUGCUGGAAUCAAUAGCAUUGUCGCUAUUUUAUGUUACACGGGAUACAACCAGGAAGACAGUGUCAUCUUGAAUGCCAGUGCGGUGGAGAGAGGAUUCUUCAGAUCUGUUUUCUACCGAUCUUACAAAGAUUCCGAGUCGAAGAGAAUCGGCGAUCAAGAGGAGCAGUUUGAGAAACCGACGAGACUAACCUGCCAGGGUAUGAGGAAUGCAAUUUAUGACAAGCUGGAUGAUGAUGGUAUUAUUGCUCCGGGUAUUCGAGUCUCUGGAGAUGAUGUUGUUAUUGGAAAGACGAUAACCUUGCCAGAAACAGAUGACGAAUUGGAUAGCACAACUAAACGUUUCACGAAGAGAGAUGCUUCGACCUUUUUGCGUAACAGUGAAACUGGAAUUGUGGAUCAGGUGAUGUUGACACUGAACAGCGAAGGAUACAAGUUUUGUAAGAUUAGAGUUCGCAGUGUUAGAAUUCCACAAAUUGGCGAUAAGUUCGCUUCGCGGCACGGGCAGAAGGGAACUUGUGGAAUUCAGUACAGACAGGAGGAUAUGCCUUUCUCCUGCGAAGGACUCACGCCUGACAUUAUCAUCAAUCCUCACGCUAUUCCAUCUCGUAUGACAAUUGGUCACUUGAUCGAGUGUAUUCAGGGAAAAGUCUCAUCUAACAAAGGUGAGAUUGGUGACGCGACUCCAUUCAACGAUGCCGUCAACGUGCAAAAGAUUUCGACUCUGUUACAAGAGUACGGUUAUCAAUUGAGAGGCAACGAAAUUAUGUACAACGGACACACUGGGCGAAAAAUUAACGCGCAGGUUUUCUUGGGACCUACAUACUACCAGCGUUUGAAGCAUAUGGUGGACGACAAAAUUCACAGCAGAGCAAGAGGCCCAGUGCAGAUUUUGGUCAGACAACCUAUGGAAGGAAGGGCCAGAGAUGGAGGACUGCGUUUUGGGGAAAUGGAACGUGAUUGUCAAAUUUCCCACGGUGCGGCUCAAUUCUUGCGAGAACGUCUUUUUGAAGUUUCCGAUCCGUACAGAAUCCACGUGUGCAACUUCUGUGGAUUAAUCGCAAUUGCGAACUUGAGAAAUAACACUUUCGAGUGCAGAGGCUGCAAGAACAAGACGCAAAUCUCUCAAGUUAGACUUCCUUAUGCUGCGAAACUCCUUUUCCAAGAGCUAAUGGCAAUGAAUAUCGCUCCCCGUCUCAUGGUAGUUUAAGCUAUUUAAUUCUAGUUUUGAUCACAUCGAUUUUUAAAGAUAAAGAUCAAACUCCUAUGGUCUCUGUCCAUAUUCAAUUCUGUUGUGAUAAAGAGUCUUUUUACGUGUUUCGCGCAAUCAGAAUUUUCGAUACACGAUCUGAGACUAAUUUUCACAAAGUACUUUUGUAAACUUCCGUUUCUGUGAAGUAUUCAGUAAUGAAUUGGAAAUUCGAGUUGGAUUUAAUUUAUAGUGACGAAUAAUGUAUUUAGUUAUAGCUAUUUUAUUAUAAACUAGGUGAAAUCAUUGAAUAUUAAAACAUAAACGAAUGAUUUGUAAA